GUUCCCCCGAAGCCGGCAGCCGCCACCAUGAGGAAGAUCUUCUGCUUCGGGGCAGACAAGGGCAGGCCGCCCUCUGGCCCCUCCAGCCACCAUGGCCAGACCAGAGAGGGCCUGGAAGGCGAGGCUGGUGACAGCGCCUUCCUGCAGCCACGGUACCACAUCCGGAAGAAGGAUCUCGGCCAAAUCCACCAAGCUGCCAGCGCCGGUGACGUCGCGAAAGUGGAGCAGAUCCUUUCGCUGAAGAAAAAGGUCUUGGAUGCCAGAGAUAGAAAGAAGAGGACUGCUCUCCAUUUGGCCUGUGCCAAUGGCCAUCCAGAAGUAGUUACUGUCCUGGUGGACAGAAAAUGCAAGCUCAAUGUCCCCGACAGUGAAAAAAGGACAGCUCUGAUUAAGGCGGUACAAUGCCUGGAAGAGGAGUGUGCCACCAUCCUGUUAGAACACGGUGCCGAUCCGAAUCACAGUGACGUGUAUGGCAACACAGCUCUUCACUAUGCUGUCUAUGGCGACACCCCAUCGAUCGCAGCAAAGCUCCUUUCACAUGGCGCAAAUAAAGAAGCCAUAAACAAGGAUCACCUCACUCCACUUCUACUUGCUGUAAGUGGAACUAAAGAGGAAAUGGUAGAAUUUUUGAUACAGAAGAAUGCAGAUAUAAAUGCAGUAGAUAAAAUGAACAGCAUUCACCACCAAAUUUCAGAAUAUAAAGAAGAAAAGAUACCUGACGAUCUUUCUGAAAACAGCAAUCCAGUGGAUGGAAUUUCUGAAGACUCUACAAUCAGGAACCUGUGCUGUAUUAGACUGAAGAUUAAAAGUUUGAAGACUGCCAUGGAGUCCUCCAGAAGAAGGACCUGGAAUCAGGAGCCCAUAAGAAGGAUGUCCACCUACCCGACUAUUGAUGAUUUAAGCAGUGUCGAUACCAAGGAUGUUUCUGAACCAAACUUAACCAACUUAACUACUGCUUCUCAGCAAUCCAGGAAAUAUUUAGAAGCAAAAUAUGCUACUGUGAGAACAGGUAAGGGAAACGUGUUUGAGGACAAGAUUUCUGAUCAUCCAAAGGAAGAUGUGUUUGAAUGCUUUCCCACAACAUCAGGCAAAGUCCAGGGCUUUUUAAAUCCUUCCUUUCCACCACCUGAGCCUCAGCGGAAACCUUCCUCCGGGUCAUUGGAAAACUGUGGUCUUACAAAGGAAGGAGCAACAAAGCCAGCAUCUGGACAAAAGGAAAAUGGUAUUGGUAUUAUUGAACAUGCUCCGCGAGAGCAAAAAGUAAUGUCAAUUUUAUUUAUGUGCACAAAAAUAACAGAAGUGCUUUCAUUAAAGGUUGAAGAAAAGGAGAAGCACAAAAGCAAUAAAAUGGCAGCAUCAGAAAACCUAUGUGAUGGUGCUGGUGAUGACAGUGACGAUGACGCAUUACUUCAAGAAAGAAAGAGUAGAAAAACUGACAGUUGGCAAUUUCCUAGGAUGGAGAAUGAAGUGUGUGAUAGGCCUGCAAAGAAAACACCUAAUGAAAAGAACAAGGUGAAAGAACAAAUACAGUCUAUGAGUGACCAUGAUGACUUAACUUGGUCAUCUGCAACAGCCCCAGAGGAUUAUUUUGUUAUCCUAUUGAAAAUGCAAGAUGCCAUUCUUUCCCAGCAAAGAUUAGUAGAACUUAAAAGCAAUGAGUGUGAAAGACUCACAAUAAAAAUUGGAAAAAUGGAAAACGAGGUUAGCGUUCUGCAAGAUGAGCUCUAUGAAGCCAAAAAAAUAAUGUCACAGUUAAAUUAUGAAAAAGCCGUAUGGGAAUGUGAACUCUCUACUUUGAGAUGUACCUUAAAAGAAGAAGGAGAGAAGAGAAGAAAUGCUGAUCUGUUAUAUGAAAACACUCGAGAAGAGAUAAGAAAAAAGGAAGAGGAAUGCAGGAAAGAAGUUGAAAUGAAACAACAAGCUGAAGAGUCUGUCAAAACACUGAAUGCAGAAAUGAAUAUAUUAAGAAACUAUUUGUCUGAGCUUGCAGAAAAGUACAACGAGAGUCAGAGGCAGCUAUAUGGAGAGCGGAAUGCCAGACAAUUACAAGGUUGGAUUCUGGCCAAUCAACUUUACACACAAACUGAAACAGAAAUGACUCUGAGGGAAAUGGAAUCUCAGAUUUGUCAGAGUUAUGAAAAAGAACGAUUUCUCAUGCGUACAAAUGACAUGUUGCAUGAAGAAAUAGCCAUGCUACAAAUGGAAAUAGCCACAAUAAAAUAUCAGAAUGAGGAAAAAGAAAAUAAGUAUAUCAACCACAUUAAAAUUGUGGAAGAAGUGAAUGAGAACCUUCAAAUGACCAUGAAAAAGAAUGUGGAAAAGUUAACAGACACAGUAUCUCAGUAUAGUGACCAGCUUAAUGCUCUGGCAUGUGAGAAUGCCUUGCUAAAUGCUCAACUACAAAAUGAAAAAGAGAGCAAGGAACAACUGCAAGCAGAACUUGAAUCCUGCAGUUCUAGACUGACUGCUGCAAUACAUGAUCAAUACGUUGAUCAAAUUCUGAUGUCAGGAAGAGACGUCGAAAUGUCUUUCCAGAGAGCAGGACAUGAGUGGUUUUGCUUACGGAAUGAAAUAAAUGUACCUGUGUCUGAUCUCAAAGAAAACCAUGAGAUUUUUGGUCAAAACUGUUCUAAGGCUCAAAGUCAAAUCGGUAGCCUGGAAGAUGAGCUCCAUAGCACAAGAAAUGUUCUGAGAGAUAAGACUCUGUCUUUGGAAUGUGUCCAAAGACACCUCUACCAAACAGAAUGUCAAAUGGAAAAGAUCAAUCAAAUGUAUGAAAAUGAACAAUAUCACGUGAAGAAAUACAUUGGACAACAGGAAUAUCUAGAGGAGAGAAUAUCUGAACUAGAAAGAGGAAAUAUGUUGCUUCGAGAGCAACUGGUGUACGCUCACAGCAGAGCAGAGCAUAAAGAGGAGACACUGAUGAAUAUGCGAGAGCAAUUUCAAGAUACUGUGAAAAACCUUCUAGCUGAGAACGGAAAGCAAACCCGUCUGCUAGAAGAUAGAAGUAAGCAGUUAAUCGGUGAAUGCAAUCAGUUGAAAGAAAGGCUGUAUCAAAAUGAAAAAGGGAAACCAGAAGAAGCACAAGCAGCAUUGGAAGAAUACAGACGACAGUUGAGAGAGAAUCAUCUGGCUGCAGUAAGCAGUCAGAGGGAAUUCAGAAUGAAUAAUCUUGAAUCCCAAAUCUCCAAUAUGACAACUGCUCCAGAAGAUUUUCAUUGUAUUGAACUGGAAAAAUAUAAACACUUCUAUCAAUUAGAGUUAGAAGACAGAAAAUACUUGCCAAAGAAACUAAAAAUGUAAGUCAAAAUAUGGAAU